AUGGCCGGCAACGUAGUGCAGUUCCUCAGGCUGCCUGUGCUGGCAUCCGGGAGCCUGGCCGUGGUGGCCAGUGGAAUGCUAUAUUUUAAACAAAACGACUUAAUCUAUCCCCGGAACAUACCGGCCGAUGCGCGAACGAACGUCCCCAAACCAUCUGAAUUUGGGAUGACGAACUUUGAAGACCUACGCAUCCCCACUCCCGAUGGAGAAGUGUUGGCCGCAUACUUCAUUCGCCCAUCGAAUAGAAAGAUCAAAGCGCAGGUCACUGUUCUUAUGUUUCACGGCAAUGCGGGGAAUAUCGGCCAUCGCGCGCCCAUUGCCCACAUGUUGGAGCAGGAACUCGACUGUAAUGUCUUCAUGAUAGAAUAUAGAGGCUACGGCUUUUCCACGGGCACGCCGGACGAGCAAGGGUUGAAGAUAGACGCUCAGACGGCGUUGGAUUAUAUUAGGCAGCGGGCGGAGCUGCAGGACACCAAGAUUGUGAUUCACGGUCAAAGUCUAGGCGGUGCCGUGGCUAUUGAUCUUGUUGCGAAGAACCAGAAACAGGGUGAUAUUAAGGCUUUGAUACUGGAGAAUACUUUUCUCAGUAUUCGGAAACUCAUACCUAGUGUUUUUCCGGCUGCAAAAUAUGUUGCUAGGUUGUGUCAUCAGACAUGGCUUAGCGAGGAGAUUUUGCCCAAGAUCACAGACGUUCCAAUAUUAUUCCUCAGUGGCCUGAAGGAUGAAAUAAUUCCACCCGACCACAUGCUACAGCUAUUCAGCAUGGCUAAUGCGAAAGAAUGCGUCUGGCGCACUUUCCCUAAUGGCCAACAUAACGAUACCGUCGCUGAGCCGAUGUAUUUCGAAUACAUACACGCUUUCAUUAUCGACGAAGUCCUGGACUGA